UUUGAAAAUACGGGCAAAAAACAGGCUUAGAAUAAAACCAGCAUCUUGGCCUGGCAUAUUCUGUGAGCCUCCGUCUUUGCUGUAAAAACUGUAAUUAUCCAAUUUCUUGGAAAUCUUUAUCGACUCUAAAUUGUAGUGCCAAUUGAAAUGCUGACACCGUGAAUGAAUGCAACUGUUUAUGUGUAAAUCCGAGCAAAUUCAGGGACAUUUCAAGUCCAGAAAUCAUCUAUAAAUAAUUGGCCUCAUUCUUUUGUUUUCAUCAACCAUUACAAUUUAAUCUCGCUGCAAGAAAAACAGAUGGCACAAAAAGAUUCAGUAGAGGAGUUCUUAAUCCAGGCUGUGGAUGCAGCUAAAAGGGCUGGAGAGAUCAUUCGUUCUGGGUUCUAUCAGACAAAGCAUGUGGAGCACAAGGGCGAGGUGGAUUUGGUUACAGAGACUGAUAAGAGAUGUGAAGAAGUCAUAUUCAAUUUUCUCAAACAACACUACCCCAAUCAUAAGUUCAUUGGGGAAGAAACCACAGCUGCUAGUGGGGCUUCAGAAUUGACUGAUGAACCAACUUGGAUUGUUGAUCCCUUGGAUGGAACAACUAAUUUUGUGCACGGGUUUCCAUUUGUAUGUGUCUCUAUUGGCCUGACAAUUGGACAAAUUCCAACUGUUGGUGUUGUCUACAACCCUAUUAUGAAUGAGCUCUUUACUGCCAUCCGUGGAAAAGGCGCUUUUCUGAAUGGAAAACCUAUCGAAGUAUCUUCUCAAUCUGAGCUCAUGAAGUCCCUUCUUGCAACAGAGGCAGGAACAAAGCGUGACAAGUCUACUGUGGAUGACACUACAAAUAGAAUCAAUAGCUUGCUCUUCAAGGUUAGGUCCCUUCGGAUGAGUGGUUCUUGUGCACUGAAUCUCUGCGGGAUUGCAUGCGGAAGGCUUGACCUAUUCUAUGAAGUUGGGUUUGGAGGACCUUGGGAUAUAGCAGCUGGUGCUGUUAUAGUAACUGAAGCUGGAGGAGUUCUGUUUGAUCCAUCCGGCAAGGAAUUUGAUAUCACAUCUCAGCGAAUAGCAGCGUCAAAUCCUCUUCUCAAGGAAGCAUUUAUCCAGGCAUUGCAACAGUCUGAAUGAGUGAGAUGUACGAUGAUUUCAGAAACUUCUUACAAGUUAAGUUUCUAUUUGCUUUCUGCAAGCAUCACGAUCCAACUGUACUGGCUUCCCCUGAUGGAUUUUUAGGGAACCUUUAGUCGAAAUACAUGUGAUGUAUUUACUGGUUGUUCUUCUUGAACUAAGACCUCGAGUUGUGCUCUACACUCUGUAAAAUUUAAAUUGGUAAUACAUAAAACACCACUGUUGAAGCUUUCUUA